ACGCUUCAAAAGGUUGACGGGAAGCUUUCUACAGACCCGUAGGCCAUCUCAUUCCAUCUAGCCAUGUCACUCUGCCCUCCAUUCACAGCGGAAACCGCUCUUACGAAGGUCAAGAAGGCUCAGGCUUUAUGGAAUACCAGGCAAGACUCUUCUACCCAGGCAUAAAGGUUCCUCUAACAACGUAUCCAUACAGAGACCCCGAAUCUGUCGCCAAAGCGUAUACUCCUGACUGCAUCUGGCGCAACCGCGGCGUCUUCAUCACUGGCCAUGACCAGAUUGUCGCCUUUCUGACUGCCAAAUGGGAGCGCGAGCAGAACUACCGUCUCCGCAAAGAGCUCUUUUGCUUCCACGACAAAAAGAUCGCCGUGCAGUUCUGGUAUGAGUAUCAGGAUGCGCAGGACGGGAUGAAAUGGAAGCGGUGUUACGGAUUGGAGGAUUGGACAUUUGGAGAGGAUGGAAGGAUGAUUAAGAGGAUGAUGAGCGGCAACGACAUCGUUCUGACGGCGGAGGAGAGGUGGUUCAAGGAGGGCGUAGACGAGGAUAGAGUGAAGAUUGGAGACGCUCAUUGGUGAGUGCCUCAAGUCCUCUCUGGAUCACGAGGUUCGAGCUAGGGAGUCGGAGCUUUGAAUCAAGCGGGAGGCGUAUCAUGUAUGACCACGAGAAGAUAUUUGGCAUCUGUAUUAGAUCGUGAGUAACUCAUUCGUCACCAC